UUUUAUUUGCACUUGUCCAGGAAUGCACCGACACAUUAUUGGACCAGUUAGAUCAAAAACUGAAAAUAACUGAAGAUGAAUGCAAAGAUUACAGAGAAUUAUUAGAGAAGUUGAACCAGUCACAAGAUGAUUGCAGUGAAGCAGAGUUACUCCGAGAAAUAGAGGAUUUUCAUAAAGAACAAGUUACACUGACUGGAAAAUUAGAAGAAAUAGAGGAAGAAAGAAAACAAAUUGCUGAUGAAAUGGAGCAGGAAAAAGAAGAAGUAUUGAGACUUCAACAAGAAGAAGAAAGGUAAUGAAACUAUGACUACACUGAAUGAUCAAAAG